UGGCUGUACUCGCACGUCACGUAAACACACUUUGUUCCUGGUGGAGGCUGAAGCUGCGGAGAGUUUGAGCGGACCGUCGAGGUGACGCGAUGGGGAAGAUCGAGUGGGCGAUGUGGGCAAACGAGCAGGCUCUGGCCGCGGGGCUGAUUCUUCUCACAGGAGGAAUUGUGGGGGUAGCUGGGCAGUUCAGGGGCUGGCCGUUUGCAGCCUAUGCAGUUGCUGCUGGAGUGUUUGUGUGUCUGCUUGAGUAUCCCAGAAGCAAGAGGGCCAAGGGCACAAGUGUGGAAAGAACGGGACAGUACUGCUUCACAGUGUGUGUAAAAGCCUUUGGACCAUUAACGAGGAACUACUAUGUCAGGGCGUUUUUACAUGCUGCCAUCUGUGUACCGGGAGGUUUCAUGCUUGCUACUGUCCUGGGGUGUGUCUGCCUUGGCAUCGCCAGUCUCAUCUAUCUUGCAGCUGCUAUCCGAGGCGAACACUGGGAGCCCAUUAUGCCACGGAAAGAAGUUCGAAAGCCCGUCCCACAGAGUAUCAAGAAUCCUCCUCAGAAUCCGCCACCAAGGCCUCCUGCAGAGAUGCGCAGGAAACCACCAAAGGACCUAGAGGGAGCAGCCUAUGACAAUCCUAUGCCCAUCACUGAUGAGUAGCCAGCGCAGGGCUCUGCUGAAUCCUUCCAUCUCAGAGCCAGUCACAGUUGGACAUCACCAGAGUCUGUGACGAUGAAUGAAUGAAGGGUUUUCUGAGUGUUAGUGAAGCCAGUCAAGUAGUAACGUGUUCAGCAUGGCUUCUUACCUCAAAAAUACAAGAAGGAUUUUUUUCUUUACUCUUGCAGAAAAGAAAAACACCACAGAAGGUAAAUGUAAAUGCUGGAGCUGCUAGGUGACAACCGCGAACAUUCAGUUUUGAAUAACGUACAGUAAAUAUGUUGACGCUUUCUGUUCUAAUAAACGUGCAAAAGUUCAAGCUAAACGUGCAAAAGUUCAAGCCAAUGCCAGUUUCCUGUCCCUGAAAAUAUAGUUAAGGUUGUGUUGCCACUAACGCAUCUGAAAACUUAAUGAAUUAUGUUCUCACCCUGUAUUCAUGAUGUUACUGUAUUUCCUGAAGGCAACUGAAUACAUAGAAGAUGAUUAUAUUUUUAACAGAACAAAACUGGAUAGUUUUUUGGUUGUUUUCAGUGGUUAUUAGCUAUUUCUUUAUUUGUCUAGGUCAUUCUUUUAAACUGUUGUAAAUAAAUCUCUUGCUUUCUUUGAA